GCCAUUCCCUUGAGUCCCCAAACCCCACCAGCCUCCAGAGAGGGGAAGGCGAAGCUGAGAAAGAAAACAGACGUGCCUGGAGCGCGCUGGCUUCCAGGGAGAAGGUGGCAAAGACAGGGACCUCGGUACCCACCCACCCACCAGCCCGCAUCCACGCGCGCGGGUGCGCGUCGACUCCCUUUGUUCGCACUCCUCUCGUGGUAGCUGGAACCUGGCACUGGAGAUGGGGCAUUUGCGAGGCUCGCUGGCUCCGCCGUGCGCCUAGUGCGUUAGUCGACUUCGCGCUCGCGGUGCCAGCAGCCGGCGCGCUCCGCUCUCAGCGAGCGGCGGACCGGCGGGGACAGCGCGCCGCGCGCCCGGGUAGGGGACGCGGCUGAAAGCGGGGCGCCGGCGCCGGGGUGCGCGCCCCUCCGCUGGGGACCUCGGGACGCCGCCGGCUGAGCCAUGACGGACGCCAGCAACAGGAAAGAGGGCUUCAAAAAAUGCCGGAGCGCCACUUUCAGCAUCGAUGGCUACAGCUUCACCAUCGUUGCAAAUGAAGCCGGAGAUAAGACUGCCAGGCCACUUGCCCGCUUCUCCCGGUCUAAGUCGCAGAACUGUCUGUGGAACUCCCUCAUCGAUGGGCUCACCGGGAAUGUCAAGGAGAAGCCACGGCCUACAAUUGUCCACGACCCCCGGCCACCUGAGGAAAUCCUUGCUGAUGAAUUGCCUCAGCUCGAUAGCCCGGAAGCCUUGGUGAAAACGUCCUUCAGGUUACGAUCUUUGGUCAAACAGUUAGAGAGAGGGGAGGCUUCAGUGGUAGAUCUCAAGAAGAAUUUGGAAUAUGCAGCCUCCGUGCUUGAAUCUGUGUACAUUGAUGAAACCAGGCGACUCCUGGAUACGGAGGAUGAGCUCAGUGACAUUCAGUCAGAUGCAGUGCCUUCUGAGGUCCGAGACUGGCUGGCCUCCACCUUCACGCGGCAGAUGGGGAUGAUGCUCAGAAGAAGCGAGGAGAAGCCGCGGUUCAAGAGCAUCGUCCAUGCAGUGCAGGCUGGGAUAUUUGUGGAGAGAAUGUAUAGACGGACAUCAAACAUGGUUGGACUGAGCUAUCCACCAGCUGUUAUUGAAGCAUUAAAGGAUGUGGACAAGUGGUCCUUUGAUGUCUUUUCCCUCAAUGAAGCCAGUGGGGACCAUGCACUGAAAUUCAUUUUCUAUGAGUUACUCACUCGCUAUGAUCUGAUCAGCCGUUUCAAGAUCCCCAUUUCUGCACUUGUCUCAUUUGUGGAGGCCCUGGAAGUGGGAUACAGCAAGCACAAAAAUCCUUACCAUAAUUUGAUGCACGCUGCUGACGUCACACAGACUGUGCAUUACCUUCUCUAUAAGACGGGAGUAGCAAACUGGCUGACGGAGCUGGAGAUCUUUGCUAUAAUCUUCUCAGCUGCCAUCCAUGACUACGAGCACACCGGAACCACCAACAAUUUCCACAUUCAGACCCGGUCUGACCCAGCGAUUCUGUACAAUGAUAGGUCUGUUUUAGAAAAUCACCAUUUAAGUGCAGCCUAUCGCCUUCUGCAGGAGGAUGAGGAAAUGAAUAUUUUGAUCAACCUCUCGAAGGAUGACUGGAGGGAAUUUCGGACCUUGGUAAUUGAGAUGGUGAUGGCCACAGAUAUGUCCUGUCAUUUUCAGCAAAUCAAAGCAAUGAAGACUGCUCUUCAACAGCCAGAAGCAAUUGAAAAGCCAAAAGCAUUAUCCUUGAUGUUGCACACAGCAGACAUCAGCCAUCCAGCAAAAGCAUGGGAGCUCCACCAUCGCUGGACCAUGUCACUCCUGGAGGAGUUCUUCAGACAGGGCGAUAGAGAAGCAGAGCUGGGUCUGCCUUUUUCUCCUUUGUGUGAUCGGAAGUCCACCAUGGUUGCCCAGUCGCAAGUAGGUUUCAUUGAUUUCAUUGUGGAACCCACCUUCACUGUGCUCACAGACAUGACAGAAAAGAUCGUGAGUCCACUGAUUGAUGAACCCUCUCAAACUGGGGGCACUGGGCAGAGGCGUUCAAGUUUGAACAACAUCAGUUCAACAGAUGCAAAGCGAUCAGGUGUCAAGAGCUCUGGCUCAGAAGGAAGUGCCCCAAUCAACAACCCUGUCAUCCCUGUUGACUAUAAGAGUUUUAAAGCCACUUGGACUGAGGUGGUGCACAUUAACCGGGAGAGAUGGAGGGCCAAGGUGCCCAAAGAGGAGAAAGCCAAGAAAGAAGCGGAAGAAAAGGCUCGCCUGGCCGCAGAGGAGAAGCAAAAGGAAAUGGAAGCCAAAAGCCAAGCUGAAGAAAGUGCAUCUGGUAAAGCUGAGAAAAAGACAUCUGGGGAAGCUAAGAAUCAAGUCAACGGAACACGAACAAAUGAAAGCAACAACCCUCAUGGGAAAAAUUCCAAAACUGAGAAGUCAUCAGGAGAAAAGCAGCAGAAUGGUGACUUGAAAGAUGGUAAAAAUAAGACAGGCAAGAAGGAUCAAUCCAAUGUCGGAAAUGAUUCAAAGAAAACAGAUGAUUCAGAAGAGUAAAACACACCUCAUAGACAAUAAGAGAGGCUGCCAAUGUCUUGCAUCAUUUUAGCUGAGCUUCUUCAUUCUCUUCUCCUUCCACAAAGACCCAUAUAUGGGGAAGUUGUACAACUCUCAGAAACAAGUCCCCCUGCACUUGGCCUUCUCUCAUGCCAUCUCCUUCUAGGAGAUGACUUCCUGGGAGCCGGUUUGAGGUCUUAGAACUCUGGGGGAACACCCCUUCCCCUGCACAGCCCAAGCAAACAACACAAUUCUGAUUUUUGUACAAACAGAAACAUGAAGGGACUUCCUCAGAAUUCUUUGCUAAUGCCCUGGCUCUCAAGGCACCUGUCUGGCCUGGUGGGAGUGGACAUCCUGGAAAUGCUGAGAGAGGCCUGAGAAAGCCACCACACAGGAAUUGCCACUGUAUUUCUUUAUAUAUUGUUAUUUUUGCACUGGUUACUGAUGGUGGAUGCAGCCAAGCUGGCCUUCAUCACAGAUAAGACUAUAAUUUCAGUCUCUGGUUGCUCAUUUUCUGAGUCAGAAGCAUUCUUUUUUCUCCAGUUUCCUUUCAGACUUAGAAAUUGUUCUGAUGCUUUUCUUUCCAUUUGUGUAAUUUGAAAUUCUUUUUGUUUUAUAAAAAAGGAGAUUUUCUUUAUUUGAUGCUUAAUUUACAUGUGUAUUCAUUAAUAUAAGCCUGAAUGUUUCAGCUCAUGGCCAUAUUGUUCAGGUAGUAAAGCCAGUGUUUUCACUGGGUAUCAUAACUAUGUGGUUACUGAAAUUUUUACCACUGGCUGGUUCUCUUCUUUUGAAUAUCUGUGGUUUGACUUCUUCACUCUUUUUUCUAUUCAGGGAAGCACUAAGGGAAUUAGUAUCAGGGAGAUAUGUUCAAUAAUUUUUUUUUCAUUCUAGUGAGCCUUUAGAAACACAAGAUAGGAGACGAUUAAUAGCACAAAUCAAAAAUAAGAAUACUAGAUGUAGCCCUGAAAGAGAAUAAAGAUACAGCCCCCUGAAACCAAGUCACACAUGAGAUCCAGCGGAGUGCAAAUCAAGUAAUUCUGUGGAUUUAAAUGGUGUGAUUUGGAUGAAACUGAUCCUUACAGUGUGGUUGUAGUCACAAAGGAAUCUUUGAGGCCUUCCUGAGGAAAUGGCAACCCACUCCAGUGUUCUUGCCUGGAGAAUCCCAGGGAUGGGGGAGCCUGGUGGCUGCCGUCUAUGGGGUCGCACAGAGUCGGACACGACUGAAGCGACUUAGCAGCAGCCACAGCAAGGAGAAAUCACAUGAAUAUGCUCAUGAUGGAGGAGGAUCAGAGAGAGGAACAGAGAGAACUAGAUGAUAGGCUUAAGUGUAUUCCUCCUUGCAAAUUUAAUUUCCACAUUAAAAAAGCACAAAGACAGACACUCAAAAAAAUCCUCUCAAUAUGAAGGCAAAAUGCUGGUAUUCAGACAGAAAGAAGGAGACUGCAUAUAUAGUCUACAAGGCCUUUUGUCUCACUGAAAUAUUCCUCAACAGAAAGGUUUGGAGAACUCUGUGGUACAGAGUACGGUGGUAUACUGGUAUUCGAGCAGGGUUCUCAGGUCAGAUUUACAUUUUGCUUGGUAAGAACACAGGUUUUUCUGCUGCUCCUCCUCUUUUCCUAACAGUGACUACAGUAAGUCAAGCGAUCACACAUUCAAAUCAGAAGCCUGGCAAGUCAGGUAAAUGAGUGAAACAAGCCAUAAUAUCAGAGUGAUUGUGACAAAUGGCAGUCAGUCAGGGGCCUGGGUAUCAGAGAGGCAGUGGGGGCUGUGAGGAAUGGGGAGGGUGUGCGCUGCCCCCCCAACCCCACCCUGGGGCAGUGUCUGGCAGCUAAGAGAUUAAGUAGGAAUAAGGGGCCAAGAUAGCUAAGAUUUUCUAUAAACCCUCUCCAAGAUUUUUUAAUAUUGGCAACUAAUUUGGAAAUGUAUAAACACUGUGCUAGCCAAAGAAAACACACCUAUGAACUCCAUUCAGUGCACGGGACAUUGAUUUGCAAACUGUGCUAUUUGAGAUGGUUUUAGACAGGCAUGAAAUACAACCAGUGCAUGUUAGUUCUUGACCUUGGAACUUGAACUUCUGACCUCAUUUCAAUUCUGUAUUUUUCUACAUACAGCUUUGCAGCCAGUCAAAAUACAAUGCCUACAGCUUCCCUUUUAUACUCUAACACACAAGACUAAACAAUAUUUGAAAAUGAAAUAGGAAUAUAGCCAUUUUCUCUAGUACCAAUAAAGACAGAAAUGUUUUUCAUUUGCUUUAAGUCAUUAAUUUAGCUGGAAAAAAGUGGGAAGAGAAUUUUAUUCAAGAUAUCAUUCUGCUUGGAACUCUCAGUGUGAUAAAAGAUUAGCUCCAUGUAACUCUUAUUUUUAAAUCCUUAAACAGUGUUUUGAAGGGACAUUGAGUAAAAAAGCAAAAGUAUCUGUUUUUAUAAUUUAAAAAUGUACUACUGUGCUAUAAAUUGAUACUGGAGCUGGUAAGCCAACAGUAUUGCCUGGAACACCAGUAUUUCCAGAGUUCUAGCUUACUCUCUGUGGUCUUUUCCCUUCUUUCGACACAGACAGCUCCCUCCAAGUUGAGCAGCAAUGUGGGAUGCACAUUUUUCCAUUGCAUGGAUUAUGACACCUUACUCUGUUGUCACAUAAAAAGCAAAGACUUACACACCUGAGUUCAGAAUUAAUUGGUAUGUGGGGAGAGUACUAGGGACAUUCCAACCAGUGACAAACCACCAGCUCUAUGUGUUCCUGGGUGGAAAGUGACAUGUAGCCCCUGAGUUAGCCCCUGGAGUUUGGGUCCCCAUGUCACCAAAUAGCUUUAUAGCCACAUUUUGUUGAUGUGGUACAUUUUGGUGCCAUAAUGACCCAUCCAUAGGCAGGACUUUGUUCCAGCUUUUAUUCACACCAACCUUUCUAAAGCCCUAGUUGCUUAUGGCAGCAGGCAAGAGAUUCAUUUCUAACCCAUUAAAUUCAAGUGGAUUUUCUUCCUUUGUCCAUUUCAUUCCUGGAGCUUUGAAAAACUGUUGAAGACUUUGGACAGGUUCACAUUAAGGACCUGAUAUGCUUAAACAAUAAAAUGAUAUCUAGACAUCUCAGAGCCAAAAAUAAUGCAGUGCACCCAUUCAUUUCAUUUUCAGAGUUAAAACCGUUACGUUAUAUUCUCCACCUGAAAUGAUGCCUCUAGUAAGUAUGAAAAAUAAAAAGUAGAGAGCGAUAUUAUCACAGAAUGUGAGACAGAGAGCAGAUAAAACUAUGGAGACCAAUCCAUAUUUUAGGAGUAAGCAUACUGGUUUUUUAAUAUCACUUCUGUCAUGGAUCACUUUUCUUUAGAUAGGUAAAUAGGAAGAAUAUGUAAUAUAUUUUCUUCUAUUCUUAACUUCUGAGCAGAGACUUUCAUGAUAGAAAUAAUUUCAUAAUAUUCCCCAUGGAGUAAAGAGGAAAAGAAAAGAAAAAAAGGCCCCAAAUCUUCUCCCAUAAGGAGAGAAGAUUCUGAGAUUAAAACCUAUGUAUGUAGUAUUAUUUUCCCAAUAAAGGGGGUUUCAGGGAGUAAACUUCAUUCUGAUUCCACGAUCCCCACACACCCCGACAGGAGUUGCAGCAGUGACCCAGCGCGUGCCUGGCACACAGGCAGCCUUCGGGAAACACGUGCCCAACUGUCCAGCCAAUUCCACUGGCCACCUGUGAGUGCGAACAAAGUUCACAUUUGCCGGAAAAUUCAUUCAGCGUUUUCUAGAUGUCAGGCGCAUUGCUAAAGGCUUAUCUUCUAAGUGUGUGCUGACAUACCCUAGUGACACAACUUCUUAUAAGGACUGGAAAUUGAAAGUAGUCCAGGGAAAAUUAUCAGAGCCAAGUUUAUGGAAAACAACAACAACAACAACAACUAAAACUUCGUUAUGGUCUUUGGGUUUAAGAAAAGCAAACAAAUGAAAAAUCUAAAAGCAAGCCAAAACAUUAUAUGAAAUUAUAUGAAAUUGCUCUUCCGAAAGGGCAGUGGGUUUAUUUAUAAUCCAAGCUGUAACAUUUGAAAUACAAAAUAGUCUUUCUUGAAGUGAGUAGAAGGUUGUAUAUGUGCAGUGUGGGGAAUCAGUGCUCUGCCAAUAUUAUGGUCGCCAUAGUACUGAGCCACAGCAAAAUUGGAUGUUAAAUAAUCUUGCAAUAAUGAUAUUAUAUUGGAUCCUCUGUAUGAAUAAGUGGAAAACAAUAUUUUUAAUUCAUUGACAGUGAUCCACAAUUAAAGGCCUCGUUAUCGCUUAAGAAAAUGAACUUAAUGAAAAAAUUGUAAUGAACAGCACUGUAUUUGUAUAAAAUAUCCCUCUGAGAACCAAAAGACACACUACCCACCAAGACCAGAUUUCAGUUGUUAAAGUUUUCCUCUCAUCAAGAGUGCUGGUGGGCACAGAGAUGACAGUAGAAUUAGAAUUGGUAACCAAGCCUAUAGAACCUUAGAGACAGGGUUUAUCUAAUAAGUGAAUUUGGGUUCAGGGAGGUUUAGAAAAAUGAGAAGAAUUCCUCUGCAUGUUUUUAUUGGACAUCUGCAAAAGCCUCAGUGCUCCUCUAGGAAACCUACAACAAAUAAAAAUUGUUUCAUUAAAAAAAAAAAAUAGCUUGUUUUCACAUUGAACAAUUACAGUGGGAAACCCGGACUGAAAGAUUCAUGAACAUCAGUUUAAACAUUAUUAAUUCCUGAUUAUUUUAAUUAAUGCUCCUCCACCUCAUCCAUUUUUUUUCUUUAAAAUAUUGGCAGACAUAUUUGAAAUGAAUUGACAUUUAUUCUGGCUUCUGUUCUCAAGCAGAAGACAGUGGCUGGCUUAACUGGAACCCAGCCUAGGUAGAUAUCCACUGAACCAGGAGAAGCAGCGGCUGGAGUGUGGGCCCUUCCCCUCACUCAGGGCCUCUGUGGCGGAGGUCUCACGGUCUCGGAGUGAAAUGCCAGCUGUGGAAGGCCCAUCAGUGCCAUCUUGGAGGCGGUCAGCUCUGGUCUGCUUCAGUCAUGUUUCCUGAACCACACCUGUGUAUCUUCAUGCGAGCUGGCUUCUGAACUAACAGAAACCCAAUGGCUAUGGAAUAACUUUUAAAUAGAUUGCCCUGGAGGCAUAUCCUUGUAUAGUUUUUGCUUCUCUGUGGUGAUCUAUCUUGGAAUAGGUAUUUGUGUACUACUGUCCUUGUCUUUGAAUGGGUAUAUGUGUGAUGGUACAGAAUAUAGUCAUAUACCAAUAUACACAGAUUUACGGUAAAAAAAAAUCUACAAUCAUAGGUACUGUCCAGUAACUGAUCCUAGAGAUAGAACUGUACACAUUUUCCUUUUUUUCUUGCUUUGAUGGUAUUUUUAUACAAUUUUAUAUGCUGUAAAAAUUUUUUUAAAUAAUUACUGUUUUCAUUUGUAGAGCUCAGUUAGGUUUUUAUCAACUCUGGUGCCCACCGUACAGCCAGAUUCCUCCCUGUAUCUUUUUCAUACCCUUUCUUUCACCUUUCCCUUAUUUUCUUCUCUCAUUUUUCUACCUUUUGCAAAUUCUUUCUUUUGCCUCUGCCCAGGCAAGCCAUUCUGCUUGCAGCAUGGAAACACAAAAUAAGGAAAAAACAAGAUUAUCUUGUUCCACUGUAAUCCACAUGAGGACAUGUUGUGGGCCAGGGAUGAGGCUGGGGCAGAUGGGGAAGAAGAAAUAGUUUAGGGAAAGGAAGCAGGAAAAAUGAAAUCCUCAUCCGAGAUCAAUUACCCAAAGCAAGG